AUGUGUGCGAGCGAGAGGGGUGAUAUGGAGAGUCCGGGAGAGGAGACGGGACGGAGCGCACCCCCCGCGCACCCACCCGUCCCCCCGCAGAACAACGGCUCCAAUAAGAUUAUAGGACGCAAUGUGAAUGGAACCAUGGUGGUGACGUCAGCGCCUGCCAAUGAGGCCGAGUUGCAACUAUACAGGGUGAUGCAGCGAGCUAGCUUGCUGGCCUACUACGACACGCUACUGGAAAUGGGUGGAGACGAUGUUCAGCAGUUGUGCGAUGCCGGCGAGGAAGAAUUCCUUGAAAUCAUGGCCCUGGUCGGCAUGGCGUCCAAACCCCUCCACGUCAGACGACUCCAGAAAGCCCUCCAAGAGUGGGUCACCAACCCAGCUCUGUUCCAAAUCCCCAUAGUCCCAAACCUCUGUCCCACAGAAAACCCAUUCAUUCAAUGCAACCAAAGAUUACUAAAUAUGCCAUCGAACAUCCCAUCCAUUCUUCCCCGAAGCGUCGCGUCACCAGAAAACAACCGUCCCAUGUACAGUCCGUCCCCCGGCGCACCAGACAACAGCUGUGGCUCUACCACUUCAGCUCCCAACGCGAGUCCAGUUCACCAAACUAACACAUUUACCAAAAUAGUCUUACCGUCCUCCCCCGCUCCUGCCACUCCAGUGACGUCAUCAGCCUCCAGAUCCUUCUCACCUCAAAGUGCCUGUCCUCCUGCAUCAGCCGGGUCAAGUCCAUCAUCAGUCACGUCACCAGUUCAAUUGACGCCAGUUCUUUUAGACGUGCACGUACAGAAAUUGGCUUCGGCGGCGGAGAAGUUGAGCAAACAUUUGUCGCCGUUGGAACCAAAGCCGCAGAACACGAAGAAGAAGAUGUGCAAGGAGUUGGAACUGGUGAUGAUGAUGUCGGAGUCGGAUCCGCGGCGGAUGGAGGAGAUCAGGAAGUACGCGGCGAUAUACGGCCGGUUUGACUGUAAGAGGAAACCGGAGAAGCCGUUAACGCUGCAUGAAGUGAUGGUGAACGAAGCAGCGGCCCAAAUGUGUAGAUGUGUGCCAGCGUUGCUGACGAGACGAGAUGAACUGUUUCCGUUAGCUCGACAGCUGGUCAGGAGAGCCGGAUUACAUUACUCUAAACAUGGGCUCCCCCCGACGGCUUCGCUGGAGGAGCGCGAGCGGGCGGAGGAGGAGACUCCGAGCAAGCGGCCGCGGCAGGAAGGCGAUGAAGGCAAUGGAGUAAGAGCCAGCCCUGACACAGCAAGGAGCAACUCCAAUCAUAGCUGGUGGGGGGUGAAGGCGGAGAGUGAUGACGCCGAUUCCAGAUGUUCAUACUCCAGCACCAGCACGCCACCGCCUGAUGCCGAGGAGUCCCGUCCACAGGUGGUCGCGGCGCGGGGAGACAGCAUCAUAGCCGUCGCCAACCCCGCGUUACAACCACCACACCCAGCCAGGAACCACUCCAACUGA